AUGGUUCGUAUCUUGCACAUGAGCCACCACAACCCCCUAACCAAGGAGACGUUCAACACCAAUGACCAGCUUCGGUUUGAUUUCGAAUAUCCAGAGCAGGCCAUUAUUAUCCCAACUAGAUACAAUAGUCGUAUUGACUUAGAGAGGGAUGUCAAAAAAGUGAUUGCAAAAAUCAAAGAAAGCCGUGAGCGCUUUGGUGAGAUGGGGAGGGACAAAACUCUGUCCAACAGACAAGUGCGAACCACUCUCGAAAUCGCCAACCAGAUCGUGGACUCGAUGAAUACUAUCGUCAAGCGGUACGACUUUGAGAGAGAAGAGGGCCUCAAGAUCAAGAAGCAGCGCGAGUACGCUGCGAUUAAGGAUACUGGCAUGUCCAAACUUUUCAAGCAUGCUGAAAUCGCUCUCAAGUACCACUUGGACCUCCAAGAGAAGUGGUUCGUCUUCAAGAUGGCCAGAUCGGGUCGUCAGAUGCAAGAUGCUCUCGACAAAUUGAGGCGAUACAGCUUUGAAGCGUUGUCCAUUUCCAACGGAAACGAGCCUCUUUGGGGAACAACACUUGUCUAA